AUGGCGAGCGACGAAGAGGACGAGUGCGGCUACUUCUACGACGAGGACGAUGCCGAGGAGGACGCCGCCGCCGGCCUCGAGGAGGGCGCCGCGCCGCCGCCGGAGCGCCGCGCCGACUACUGGGCCAUUACACAAGAGUCCCUUCCCACUGCACAGAAACAAGACCUGUGUACAGUGAUGAACUUGCUCAAUGUAAAACAACAUCAAGCACGAGCUCUCCUCAUCCACCACCGGUGGAAGAUGGAUGGAAUCUAUGAUUGCUUAGAUAAGGGCCGAGAGCGCAUGCUCAGAGAUGCAGGUAUUGUGCUGCAGGAGAAUACUAUUAUGGCAGCAGCUGGUUCAACACCAUGGAGAAUUGUGCACUGCAAUGUGUGUUUUGAGGACAUUGCCGUGGGUGUAGUCUUGACCAUGGACUGUGGGCAUUGCUUCUGCAAUGAUUGUUGGACGCAGCAUUUCUAUGCCGCCGUAGAAAGCGGCAAAAAGCAGAUUCGGUGCAUGGAGGUGAAGUGCCCGGCCUUCUGUGAUGAGGACCACGUGCGACGUCUCCUUGGCCAGAAAUACCCCGAAAUGGCCAAGCGGUUCAAUCGCUUCCUGCUCGAGUCCUACCUUGAGGAUAACGACUCUGUGAAGUGGUGCCCCAGCGCCCCAAAUUGUGGCCGUGCAAUCCGUGUGGGUGCUGGUGAGCGCUACUGUGAGGUGGAGUGCCCCUGUGGCUUAAGCUUCUGCUUUAACUGCAUGGCACUGGCUCAUUCACCUUGCCCGUGCACCAUAUGGGAGAAAUGGAACGCCAAGCGUUCAGAGGGAGAGAGCAUCAAAUGGAUCCUCGCUAACACCAAGAGCUGCCCCAAAUGCUUUAAGGCCAUUGAGAAGAACGGUGGCUGCAACCUUGUCCGCUGCAAUUGCGGCCAGUGUAUGUGUUGGCUCUGCGGUGGAGGGACCGGCGUGGAGCACACGUGGACCAGCAUCGCGGGCCACAGCUGCAACCGUUACAAGGAGGAUUCCCGCGGGAAGACCGCGGAUACCAGCAGGGAGCAGAUGCAGCGUUACAAGCACUACUACGACCGGUUCAAGAUCCACGGCGACUCGUGCAACACGGAGAAGCAGAAGCUGGGGCCAACCCUGAAGGAGCGGGUGAGGCUGCUGGAGGCGGACCUCCAGCGUCCGCUGACGAUCCGCGACGGGGACUGGCUGAUCCGGGCGCACCGGCGCCUGCUGGUGUCGAGGCAGGUGCUGUCGCGGUCGUACGUGUUCGCCUACUGCAUGUUCGGCGGCGACCUGCGGAUGCAGCCACACGGGCGGGCGGGCCUGGGCGUGGCGCGCAACCUGUUCGAGGACCAGCAGGAGCAGCUGGAGCAGCACGUGGAGCGCCUGUCGGCGCUGCUUGCGGGCGCGGACGUGGCGGCGAUGCCCGAGGCGGAGAUCGUGCAGGCGAAGCAGAAGGCCGUCACGCUCGUCAAGACCGUGGAGAGGCUGUGCGGGGAGAUGUACAAGUGCAUCCAGGACGAGCUGCUGACGCUGCUCGUGGAGCCCAUGACCAUCGCGGCGUACCGGCCGGACGGCCCCGACAAGGCCGAGGAGCUCGCGGCGUGAUUGGGGUGGCGCAUCCCCUUGGCUUGCGCCACGUUCUGCCGUCGCCGGCCGACCGGUCCAGUGCGGCAUAGCGGCAGUAGACGCUCAUGUAGCGUAUAUAAAUGAUUUAGGGCGGGUUAACUUAGGAUGCCUGACAGUACUGAGGUUAAAAAAAAAAGGGUCUGACCAUAGCAGAGUUAUCCAUCUAUCAGGUAUAUUCUCGGGUGUCUGUUAACUGCAUUGUUCUUGGAACCA